AUGACAACGUUUAUGCGGUAUUUUAAGAAAGUGUGGCUUAUGCAGAUUAAUAAUGUUAAUGUUGCUGUUGCUAUGGGCAUAAAUCUCCAAGUAAAAUUAAUAAAAGACUGUCAGAUAGAUUGUUCUUAUGAUUUCAACCAUAUGGUCGCGAUACUACUCGCGAACGACACCUGCGCCGUAUCCGAUCGGCGUUUACGAGGUGAUGCUAGCGUGAAGGAAAUGGCUGGAUGUGGAAACAGCCGUGGAGAUUGGUAG